CUUCUAUUCCUUCAUUUGCACAACUCUUUUUUCUCAUUUCCGAUCAAUUUCUUCUUCUUCUUCUUCUUCUUCAAAAGUAGAACUAAGUCUUCAAGAGAAAAGGGGCAAAAAAAGAUGGGUAUUAUGCCAAGAAACAGAGGUGGGGAAGGAGGAAUAGUAGCUGUUGAUAUGUUAAGCGAAAGAGCAACAAUGAUGAGAGAAUCAGUACAGAAAAGUCAGUCAAUUACAGAUAACAUGGUUUCUAUCUUGGGUUCUUUUGAUCAUCGUCUUUCUGCUCUUGAAACUGCUAUGCGUCCCACUCAGAUUAGGACUCAUGCUAUCGGAAGGCUCAUGAGAACAUCGAUAGGACUUUGAAGGCCGCGGAUGUUAUACUGUCCCAAUUUGAUCUUUCUCGUUGGGUUUGUUUUAACUUCUGAUAUGCGUCAUUGAUUUAUGCAACUCUGGUAGAAAA